AUGCAGAAUGCAAUCGACGACGAACUGUUGUCAGACAGGGCCAUGGUGCAGCGAGUACUGAGGAAGCAGCGAGAGGUUCUGGAGGGAGAGCGUGGCAAGCAGGCCUUCGCUGAAAUCAACGACCCCACACAACCCAACUUGCUGAGAAGGAUCAAGCGAGCCCAGCACAAAGCCGACCGCAUCGCUCUGGAGGAACUAGGUUUGGACAAGCACGUGAAGGACUGGAGUAAAUUCACCGGUCUUCUGAUGCCGAUCAUGGCCAAAUACAAGAGUGACCAAGAGGCCUGCGUCCUAGGUGGAACACUCGCCCAACUGUUUCACGAGUAUAAGGACCGGGCCGAUUUCCUCUGCAUCUACCUGGCCGAGGCUCACCCCGCAGAAUACUUCAAUCUCAACACCACCUUCAAAGUACCCCAGCACCAGACCAAAGAAGAUAGGGUAGCUGCCGCAUACAAGUUGUUGGAAGAGGACAGAGAGCACCACCAUACGUUUACAGAUGAUCCUCUGGACUGCAGCUUGAUUCGUAUCGUCACGGAUACCAUGACGAAUGACUUUGCCCAGGUGUACAAUGCACAUCCUGACCGAGUUUUCAUCUUCCAAGGAGAUAUUGUCAUCUAUGUCGGCGACACCAUUGGCAAACAGAUGAUGAACCCCGAUGUUCUUAUGACUGAGGCCACCAGAAACUGGUUGGAGAACUACUUCAAAGACACAGUCGACUAAAGAUGUUUUUCAUUUUCGGUUCAUCUUUUCGGGCAAACUUGUCGGGAAAUUGGUUCGAAAGACGACACAAAAAUACUGGAAUGUGUGUUCGUGUGGAACUCAGGAUCUUUGGUUCUAUUGUCCCUUUUCCAGACAAAAAUAGAAAUCAACUUUCAUCCCAUCUUCAAAACGAAUCACAAGACGAAAAAAAAAAGAAUAUGAGUUUAGUCAAUAAGAACAGCUCCGGAGUUGCUCUUGAAUAAUAAUUUUGUUACUGGAAGGCAACAGAAUGAUUACGUGGGAAAUUUAUUAUAACCCGUUUUCUCACUAGUGCCAUAAUCUAUGCAACCGGCACAUGCCACGGGCGGGGGAUGUCUGGGGCCAGUAGCCCCGGCCCUCACACACCCAGGCAGGUCCUAUGAUGGGGUAGGGCUUAAUGAUCAACCAGCAGGCCACACGGUCUAAUUCGUGCUCUGACAAGCACUUACGAAUAAGUCUCAAACUUCCAAUCCACUUGAUUAUGAAAAAAUAAGCUACUCCAAACAGUAUUUUGCAAUCAAGACUAAUUUAAGCAGAUUUGGUUCAAUAGUAUUUUAAGUGUAUAAAUAUGACCACCCUUAAGUAAAAAAAAUCUAGUUUUUCCAAAUAUCAUGUUCUUUUCUCCAAAAUGUUUCGAAAUAGUACCACCAAAUCGCCCAACUUUUUUCUUAGUAUAUAAUGUGUGGUACAAAAGUAUGCACUGUAUACAUAAAUGUAAACUCCAUUAUUGGUACUAACAAAUUAUUUUCACUACUACAGCAUUGGUAUUCGACUGUACAUUGCAUUCUGUUGGCACAUGUACAAUGACAAGACACCCGCACUCGUAACGUCAAGAUUUAGCUACACCUGGAACGCGAGUGGCCUCCGUGGAGCUAUGGGGCAGCGCGGACAUCCGGGAGUUUCAUAAAAAUACGGGGAGCAACCACACCGCGUCGGUGAAAACAACUGCAGCGAGCGCGCGCGUACGUGCGGAUCAAAGAAAAGAUUUUAUUACCCGAUCCUUGGACUGGCUGGUGCGUGCGUAUGUCGCCAAGGUCGCUGUUUUCACCGGCGCAGUACCUGUCAUUUUGCGAGAAUCCCGGAUGGCAGGAAUGAUUUAAUUACACGGAAUUUGCUUACUGCUCAGUGCAUUCGAACCGAAAACCGAAAAUUUGGCAAUAGCACAAGGACUUGUAUCUCCCAGUUAGAGAUUAAAAAUCACAAAUAAUUUGUGUAACGGCACACUGUGAUGUUAUCUCACAAGUUUGGGUCUCUGUGAAUUAACCGUACGUAAAGUCUGUAAAUAAUCUUUAAUAUUACCAAGACAUAUAUAGACAUUAUAUUUUAGAAAUAUGUUAUCGUAUUAUGUGCCCAGGGUCUAGUAAACAUGAAAGCGCCCUCCCUGGCAGCUAUCAAUGAAGAGCAAAUGACAAGCAGCUGGAAAACACCUGUUGCAAGGUGACCAGAUGAUUUGAUGAAAAUGUCUUCAACACAUAAAUGCCAGUGAGGGCGCUGUCGUUUUCUAAAGCCCCGAUUUGUAAUUAUAGUAAGGAAUCCCACAUUAAUCAUUUGUAUUUUAGUGGUUCUUUUUAGCCUCCAACUCUCUUGUAUGACCUAAAAUCUAUUUUUAAAACAGAGUUUCUCAGAUCAGUCCCAUAGUUGUGCACUGGGUGUCAAGAGGCGUCCGUAUAUGGAAGUCUUUCCAGCAGCGUGUCAACACCUAAUGGUUCCUGGUAGUUCUAUCACACUUCAAACUUGUGAUUGUGUCUUUGGAACCAGGGUAGGCCUACAUUAAACCUGACGUAUAACACUAAAAACAGACGGCACCAACCUGAGUAAAUUGGUGAAUUCAAUGCACUGCUAAUGUUCGCGAAUAGCCCAUAUACCUUCCUGAGAUUGAUAAUGGUUACAUAAUAACGACGGGGUACAACUACAAGCACGUUUGGAAACUCUUUGAGGCAAUUUCUGACCGGCAUGACACAACAAACGGUGGGGAGACUUCUCAGUUUCGAAAUCGUUUUGUUGUUAGGAGACAAUAAUACACGGAUAAAGCAAUCAUGGCAAUGUUGACACUA